AUGUUCGCGUCAAGAAAUAUUUGCCGGCAGGCCCUGGGCCUGCAACGGUGGUCACAGAUUAGGAGCCUUUCAACCUUGGAAGGCAAUCCUCAUAUCUACGUAUUCCCAAGCCAGGGAGCGAAGGGAACUCAUAUUCUAUCUCUAUUAUCCUCUGAGCCUGUCAAUCCCGAUCUUUCGAUUGGCGCCACCACAAAAUUGCCUCCCACGCCAGACUCUCUCACCGAGAACCCAAAAUUUAUCACAAUCCUACAAGAGGUGUUUGCUAAGCAUGCGCACGAGGACCCAGAUGCACAAUCCCAAGCACAGGUUAUGGUAUCUACAUCUGGUGCCAAUCUGACUUCUGGUGGUGUACUCUUAACCAAUUCGCGCCGGAGCAAGCGUCGGGCCGACGCGAGCGAUUCCAGCGGCGGUGCAAGUGGACAAGGUGGUGCGGGUUCUGCUGGCCGUGGUGGCUGGAUCCAUAUUUCAGAUGGUCGGAGGGCCCCGGAGUAUGGGCGUAUUGCAUGGCCCGAAGAUAUCUUUGGUAGUCUUGAGGUCGAUGGAAAUGGUCAAUUUGUCGACGGUGAUGGGAAAUACCAAGCUAGCGGCACGUACAGAGUCGUGACACGUGAUGGAAUUCUGGGAUUGAGCGAUUUCCUCCGAGGGAAACUGGUCCAGAGGCUCAAGGAGCUUGAUAAGAAGUGA